AUGUCUGCCGCUGUCGCCGCGGCGGUCACCACAAACCUCCCAACUAAUUCCAACGCGCAUAAUUCGCCAAUGGAUACGAAAAGGCCUAGCAUCAAAAUGGACAACGCUCAAGACACCAAAGAUCAGAAGCCCAAGGGCGACACAUCAUUAGCACCGCCUCCUCGCCCAAACCCGACUGGCGAAACUGACACCCCCGACUACUUCAACUCCGUUCACAACCCUUUCUCGUUAGAGCCGAACCCAUUUGAGCAAUCGUUUGGCGGCUCUGGCGAGACACCGGGGAAGUCAAUCCUUCCUCCUGUCGCAUCGAUCACAUCUCCCGCCUUACCGGGUGCCAGUUCCGCGGGAGGCGCAUACAACUGGUCCAACUCGUUGCGCUCAGGGCCUCUGAGCCCUGCCAUGCUCGCGGGCCCUGCCGGCGGCAGUGACUACUUUGAUGGUAUCGGCAGGGGCUUUCCGACCCCCAACGAGUCAUCACUACGCACCGGACUGACUCCCGGCGGGGGAGGAUCCAUGUUUCCAGCACCGAGUCCAAACUCAACAGCCUUGCUUCAGCAGCUGCAAAGCGGAGGUGCAACCCCCUCCACCAUUGAAUUUCAUCGUACCGCGAUGAACGUAGCGAAGAAGAACGGUGGUGCGCCUACAUCGAAUCCAAUCGCCGAAGCAGACCAAAUACCCCAGAGUGUAACAACAACAAUGGAAAUCAAAACAACGCAGCCUGCAACAGUCGAUCCCUUUGGCCACCAUGACGCCGCAGACGCUGCUAAUGGGCUAUUCAUGCUCGCCAAGGGCGGUCAGCCAAACCCAAACCAGUUUGCCGCAGUCCAAAACCAAUCCGCUAUUCCUCCUCAAAACCUCCAGACUAAUGAAUUAUUACGCGAUGCAAAUGCCACCAGACGCCAGUCUAUUAAUGUUAACGGUGUACCGACGGCGAGGGAAGGAAGCGGCGAUGUCUCGGAUGUGCAAAGUGAACAAACUAAACCCGCUGCCCGGGGUAGAGGCAAGAGAAACGCUUCCGCAAAGGCCACAAACACAGCAGGAAACAGACGCAAGAUGGAAGAUUCUGCACAAACGACGAACAAGCGUGCGAAACUCAACAACGGUGGCUCUGUCAGCACGGAAUCUCCUUCCGAGGGCGAGUCAGAUGAAGACCAACAGCCGACACAGAAGAAGAAGCAAGGUGACUCGAAGAAGAUGACCGACGAGGAGAAGCGAAAGAACUUUCUCGAGAGGAAUAGGGUUGCCGCGCUCAAGUGCCGACAACGAAAGAAGCAAUGGCUCGCCAACCUGCAGGCCAAAGUCGAAUUGUUUACCUCAGAGAAUGACGCACUAACCACGACUGUUACUCAAUUGCGGGAAGAAAUUGUAAAUUUGAAGACACUUUUACUUGCUCACAAAGAUUGUCCGGUUUCACAGGCGCAAGGGCUUAUCUGGAAUGCGCCGUACACUUGA